CAGUCUUAAUUGGAAAUUCGUUAGCGAAAGACGGGACACGCUUAAAAAUCGGAACGACAAAAUAAAAAAACAAAAUCGGCGGAUUAAAAAAAUGAGUUUUUUGUUCAAGGGAUUUGUAUCCUUGUUGCUGUGGAUUAGCCUAGUAGCUUCGCACACCCACGAUGAGUUGCCUAAAUGUGCCCUGACGGGGGUGCAUAAAACACGCCAGACUAUUUUGGAAUCACCCAAUUAUCCGGAUGAUUAUCCACCCGGUACCUGUUGGGAUUAUGUGAUCAAAUCACCUUUCCGCUGUCCCACCAAAUUCCAUAUUCAAUUUUUGGAUUUCUUUUUGGAAAAGUCUCCAGGUUGUAAAAAUGACUACCUCUCGGUGGGUUUGGAUAAUGUCGAUGAGGAUAUGGAUACCCUGUGUGGCCAGGUGGUGGGUAUAAAAAAAUAUCACACCCCCGAUGGAGUGUUGCGUUUACGUUUCCAUGCUGAUGAUUCGCCCUGGUCAACGGGUAAGGGCUUUAAGCUCUUGAUAACCCGGCUGGCUUGCGAAAAGGAAGAGGUUUUAAGAAAUCUCAAGAGCAACGAUGAUGACGAUGAGGAGGAUAGUGAUGACACGGUGACAAUUACGGCACCUGGCACCCAUUUGAGUCCACCUCAGGUUCAGUUGAUGGAAUUGUUUCGAAACAUUUCAGGUGCAGAUCAACAUCAGGUGUAUCCCUUGCCUCCUCUGUUUGGUUUGAAUUAUCCCAAUCAGUUGGCCACGCCUCUGUAUCCCACCACCUAUGGGCCAUUUUAUUUGCCCACGGGAACAUUCAAUCAACAACUGCCACAGCAAAAUAAUUAUUUGGCCACACAGCCGACGGCUGCCUCGGAAAAGGCCUGUAAGGAUAGCAAACAUCACACCAAGAAGCAGCAACAACAACACCACAUACAACCCUAUUUGCCACCAUAUGUGGUGAAUCCUUAUGUUCCGGUGACCCAGGAUCAGUAUAUUGGCACUUGGCCCUCGACCAGUUAUCUUAGGGCCCUCGAUGGCGCUGGCAAUGUCCUGGAAGCCUGCUGUACAACACCUUUCCAACAGAAACGAUUCUACCUCUCCAGCCCUGGAUUUCCCCGCACCAUUUUCAGUAACCUCCUGUCCAUCAAUCGUCGCGAUUGUGAGUUCCGCUUGCAGAAACAUUCCUCGAAUAUUUGUCGACUUCGUGUCUCGUUUAAAUUUUUCGAUUUCGGCAAGAGUUCUCCGGGUCUAAGUGGCGUGGGGGGUACAAUUGGUCUACCCGGUAUUACGAGGAAUACCUGUCCCGAUGAUUUCAUUGAAAUCGACAAUCAACGAUUCUGUGGCUGUCGUUCGGAUUAUGUCUACAAUGGAUUGUGGAAUUAUCAGGGUGAUAAGAAGAUACGCAUGCGCAUGGGUUAUUCGGGUGUGCCAUCGAGUGGUUUCCUUUUGGAAAUAAGUCAGGAAUCAUGUUCGGAGUCGCAGUUUGUCACAACAACAAUUAGUCCUACGUUGCCGAUAUCGGCACCGGUCACGGUGGGAAGUACGAAUUUAUUGGGGCAAAAUUUCCAACAGCAACAGGGCAAUUAUCCGGGGCUAUCACAACAGACGUUUGGGGGUCUUAAUCAGCAGCAACAGCAAUUGGUGCAACAACAGCAAUUGGCUCAGCAACAGCAGCAAUUGUUGCAACAACAACAAUUGGCUCAGCAACAACAGCAGUUGGCACAUUUACCCCAACAAUCCUUCAAUGGCCUCAGCAAUCAAUUCCCUCAAAAUCUGCAACAAACCGGAGGCGCCAACUUCGGCCAGCAACUUUUCAAUCCCCAAGGCCUGGGUCAAUCGUUCCAACAAAAUCCUCUCUAUGCCCCCUCAUUUAUACCACAACAUGGUGGAAAUGAUCUAGGAUUACCCCAGCCCCAUCCUCCACAAUUCCCCGAGGGAGGCGGCUUUCCGGGCUACGCAUACUCCAGCCCCAACCCCUUACAACAAAACCAACCAUUCGGGCUACGCUAUGCCCGUUCUUUCGAGGAUCAAAAACCCGUUAGCAUUGUGGAGACCAAUUCCACACGCAAGGAAUAUUAUUUCAGUGAGAAUGCAGAGAAGGGAGAUCGGGAUCCUUUGCUAAGCAUUGCCAUGUCACGAUCCAGCAAAGCCGAAGAUGGAGCCUUGCGAUGGGAAUCGGAAGAGUUAAGGGCCAAUGAUAAUCCUCCACAGGCCCAAGUGAGACAAAAGUGCAACUUCGAUAUGGGUGAUAUUUUACGUCUGUCCGUCGAUGUGCUGUGGCUGACGAAACCCACCUGCUAUGCCCCGCAACGAAAUUGGUUUACGAAUUUCUUGGGUUAAUUUUUAAGUUUUAGAAAAAAAAUGAAUAUCGAUUAUGAACGAAUAAAGAAAGGAUAAUACCAUGGUCUCUAGAGGAGGAUUAUUA